UUUUUCCGCUGGCUAUGACAAUUGGGUUUGUUAGUCGGGUGGUGAUCCUAACUUCUUAAGGUUCUAAUGGAUGGACUUGCUCUUAUAAAGUGUUUAUUACAGAGAUCCAACUGUCGUCCUCAGCUUAAGGAAUGUGACAGAACCCCAUCUAGCUAGAGACUAUAGAGAAGCCUGUCUCUGGAGCUAGAGUUCAAGAUUGUUGUCACCUCUGGAUAGUGUAUUGAAGAUGCAUGUAGGGAGACCACACACAGCAGAUAUGUCGGCUUGAUGUUGAUCCAUGUGAUCAGGGCCGGCUCAGUGCCAUAAAGGCCAUGAGCAAAUAUAAUUUUAGAUCUUAUAAUUGUCAACUUUUAAAUUUUUUUUAAUAUUAUUAAAAUUACUUUAAACUUUUUUAAUUUAUUUAUUCAUUUUUAUUUGAAUAGCUUGAUUAAAUAUUUUAUGUUAUCACAUUUUAGAACACUAUUUAAAUUUGAAUCUACACUAUAUAUGUUAAUAAAAAGAAAUUGGAGUGGGCCCUGGGACGCCGCAUGUGUUAACCACAGUGGCUGGAGCGUUGGCCACAGCAAGGGAAUAAAGACCUUGAAGUUCAGUGCCAUUCAAAAUAACGACUUAUUUGUUUAGCUUAAGGAUCUUUUGCGGUUCACUAAACCAGUUUACUUUUAUUUUUUCUACUUCUUUUACUUUGUCCGUAGAAAAAAAGAAUGAUAAUAAUGAGAAUGAGAAUGGAGCGGCGAAGAAAGAAACGAAGAGUGGAGUGGCUUUUUGCGAAACACAUUCACACCGUGUAGAGUUCGAAGCUAUUUUCUUUUGUGUGGGAAACUGGCUGUGUAACAUUAGUUAACAACUCCUCUUUCAAUACCGUGUGGGUCACUUUUGUUUUAUACACUUCAUUUUCUUCUUCUUUGGUUUAAAAAGAAAUUCAAAGCAAUUAUAGCUUCAAAAGAAAGAAGAAACACUAGCAUAUUGAAAAAAAAUAUCUUAGCUGUACUAAGUGAGACAAAUUAAGGCAAAGAUAUAUGGAUAUACUAUAUAAUAUACAUAAAGGAAAUAUAAUAUAGUAUAUCAUAGACAGGAAUAUUUUGAAACGUUUAGUCAAUUAACGAGUCAAACGUCUUCAUUUCUGCCGUGCGCAAGGAACUUAAAAACUUACGUUACAUGACUAGAUUGAGAUGCCACGAUUGAAUUUGAGUAGAUAAUCAUUGUCAAUAGUUCCGUGAUCGUAACUUGGUGUACGAACACUUGGCAACAUUUUAGUAUAUCCCUUUUUUGAGGGGAACAUUUAAAGAUUAUAAUACAGUGUAAUACAUUCUUAAAAGACCAAGUAUUGGUUGUGUGUUUAAACAUGUAUAUAUAGUUCAAAUGUACAAGAAAAUGAUUUGAGAAAAAAGUUACGUAUUAAUGAUUUGAUCGGGUGAUACUGUUACACUUACACCAUUUGGAUUUUGGAGAAUUUAUUGAGCCCAAUCAAACUAACAAUCUCCCUAGGGUGCACGAUGCAAUCUUUGACCAGUUUAAUGAAUCAGACUAUGAUACAUAACAUACGUAACCCUUUUGCAGAAUUAACAUUCUACAGUGAUCCUUCACUUUUGCGUCUAAAAUCAAAUACUUCAGAUAAGCUCCACUAGAACGAAAGACGUUAAAAGAAACCUCCACUCAGAGACUUAUCAUAAAGUCGAUAUCUAAUUGAUCUCUAGUAACAUCUAAAGUACCUAACUGGGCGUGGAUAUACGUACGUGUGAUGCAAUAUAUACAGUAUAUAUCUAGAGAAAAGAAGAAAAAUCUUUAGUCAUUUUCAUAAAGGAGUUGGAGAUUUAGUUGAGAGUACGUAUAGUAGUAGUCUAGUAGAGAGAUAGCAAGCUGUUGAAGGUGGAAACAUGAGCACACCCAAUAACUAGUGAUCCCACAUGACUAUACGUGUCAUUCUUCUAUUUAGUUGAUUUCUAAAAUUUUCUUAUUAAUUGAUACUACUAUGAAUAAUUGAUCAUUUUGGGACCGCUAGGAAGUAAGCCUACCUCGAUCCAGUAUAUUGUUUUAUAAGUGACUCUUAAGUCUUAAACACAGUUUUCAUUUAUUAAUAUAUAUGAGAGUCUAGUGUUUUUGUAUUUUUCAUAUAGAUACCGUCACUUCGAAAGAUAAGUCGUUCAUGUAAAAAGUCUUUUAAGACAAAUAUACAAAGCUAAAAUACAAAGGAGUUCCAAGAAUAUUGGUUAAUAAAAACAAAAUACGAUUCAGCAAAAAUUAGGCCACCUAAAAUAAUCACUUGGCCUUUUGUGUUGUUAUUUCACUAGCUACCAAUACUUAAAGUACGACUUGCAAAUAGUCACCGGUGAAUAAAGAUCAACUUUGAUAAGAUAAAUAAAUAAAACUUGGUGAAUAAAGAUCAACUUUGAUAAGAUAAAUAAAUAAAACUGUACCAUCAUUAAAAUUUAUUUAUCGUGUAUAACUUUAUAUGCAUCAAGUAUUCUACAAAGUUAUAUCUGGUUCAAAUAUUCUUUUGGAUAUUAGAAACCAAAUCCCACAUUAGAAUUUUUUUAGGUGAUAUAAGCUGAGUGAUAAAUCAGUCCACUUAUAAAUAAUUAGUUUUAGGACAGAAACUCAUCAAACUUAAUAUUUGUUUCAUAGUAUUUUCAGUUUUUCAUAUCUGAUAUAUGAACUCAAAUUUUGUGUUAACAAUUUAAAAACGAUUAUACAAGCUUGAGAAAGAAAGAAUUGGCUAGAAGACAUUUAUGUGAUCUUGGAGUACUCUAUUGAUAAAAUCUUCAUAAGCAGAAACACCAUUCUAGAACCUAGACGUUAAGAGUAGAAGACCCGUACGUAGACUAACCAAUGUACGUGAGCUAUUAUGGACUUUUAAUGUCUUAUUGGAAUGUGUAGUUAAGCAUGGAGAAAAAUCAAGAAGAGAUCAAGAAACUAUUUGUUCCAAAGUCAAGCAACCGUUGAAACUUGAAAGCGUGGAAGGAAUUUAGUAACCACAGUAAAGUGAAAAUAUAUAUGCUUCAACCAAAAAUAUAUGACGUUAUAACUCGAGCUUCUGAUGUCACGUGAUCACCUCAUUUUGUCUCGCUCCCUAUAAAUACUAUACUUCUCUACUUUCCCCACCAAAAAGCAAUUCACCUCCUAAGCUGAUAAUGCCUGAUAUGGAGAGUAAAGGUGACGCUUCUGCCGCUAUCAUUUAUGCUUCUCCGGCCUCUUCUCCUCCACCACCGCGUGUGGUACUUAGCCCAUGCGCCGCUUGCAAAAUCCUGAGGCGGCGUUGCGGAGAGAAGUGCGUUUUGGCACCGUACUUUCCUCCAACGGAGCCAGCCAAGUUCAGCAUCGCCCACCGUGUAUUUGGAGCCAGCAACAUCAUUAAGCUCUUGCAGGAACUUCCCGAAUCACAAAGAAUUGAUGCAGUGAAAAGUUUGGUGUAUGAAGCCGAAGCUAGAAUUAGAGAUCCGGUGUAUGGCUCUACCGGUGCCAUAUACAAUCUACAAAGACAAGUGAGUGAACUCCAAGCAGAGCUUGCAAAAGCUCAAGUGGAGAUAGUGAGCAUGCAGUUUCAAAGAUCAAAUUUACUAGAAUUGAUUAACAACAUGGACCAACCAAACCAAGACCAGCAUAAGAUGAUGGCCUUUGAGAGUUCCUUGGGAAACUGUGAGCAUGAUGAGUUCAUUAGCAGCUCAGACGAAGAGAGCAAUGAUUUUGGAUUCCUUGAAGACAAAUACUUCAACACCAACUCAUUGAUGUUGUGGUGUGAUCCUCUUCUGAUAUGAUAUUAACUAUAUGAUUUUGACUAGUUCACUUCAAAACCCUAUAUCAAGUUACUCAGGGUUAGUUAGCAAUUUAGCAUACUGCAUACACAUGUUAGAGAUACAUUGAAAUGUAAUAAAUAUACGGUGAAUUUCUCUGAAGAAUUAUAAUAUCAAGAAGGUUAUAUUUUA